UGUACGAUGACAACAUGGUGGACAAACAAAUAACACGCUCAAGCUUCAAAUUUGAUUUAAAGUUUCUGAAACGUUUCUUGCGCCUGCUGGGAUGGAUGUUUCCAAGUUUGUGUAGUAAACAGACUCUUCUCUUCCUGUUCCUCCUGUGUCUCGGACUUCUAGAACAAGUGAUUGUGUUUAACAUUGGAUAUGUGCCUUCGAAGUACUACAAGGUGUUCGGUAACAAGGACUAUAGUGGAUUUGUACACGAAACACUACUGGCUUUAAUGCUGAUAGUCUCCGAGUCAUUUAUAAAGAGCACCAUUACAUUUGUGACUUCCAUCUUGUACAUCCUAUGGCGAGGUGUGGUGACCAAGAAGUUACACAAGAAAUAUUUCAAAGAUUAUUUGUACUAUAAAAUUAAUGUUCUCAGUUCAACUGAUAAUCCUGAUCAGCGUAUAACUCAGGAUGUGGAGCGACUGUGUUUUUUCUUCAGCCAAAUAUUGACACCUUUGAUUAUCUCCCCUUUCACAAUAGGAUAUUACAUAUAUCAAUGCAUCAAAAAAACAGGAUAUCUUGGUCCAGUGGGAGUUGUAGGUUUCUUCCUGGUCGGAACUGUAUUCAACAAGUUGUUAAUGUCACCAGUUGUCAACUUUGUAUUUAAGAGGGAAAAGAUGGAGGGUAAUUUUAGAUUCAAACACAUGCAGAUGAGAGUGAAUGCUGAGUCUGCUGCCUUUUAUAAAGCUGGUGCUGUAGAAAUGAACAAAACAGAUAAUCACCUUGACAAUCUUCUCUCUGUCCAAAAGAAUUUAGUGAUCAGAAAAUAUUUCCUAAAUAUGUCUAUAAACCUGAGUGAUUACCUGGGCAGUAUCCUGAGUUACCUGUUGCUGGCCCUGCCCAUCUUCAGUGGUUCCUACGAUAAUCUGUCCUCUGCAGAUCUCUCUUCUCUAAUAAGUCUGAAUUCAUUUGUGAUAAUUUACCUGAUCAGCUGCUUCACCAAACUGAUAGACUUGUCAGUACAAGUGUCAGAAAUGGCUGGAAAUGCCCAUAGGGUGGGGGAGCUGAUAGAAGCCCUGGGCAGACUGAGAGCCGAGGAUGACACUGUUUACAACUUCCUGGAUACCAGCAAUGAUGGGGAAGGGGCUAUUCCCUUAUCUGACAUAUCUGUUGCAUGCAGCAAUCAAGGUGGAGAUGGAGUUUCCUUCGGCAGAAUACAGAUGAAUGAGAAGGCUCUAACUGUACAGGACCUGACCUACGGACCCCCAGAGAGUCAUGUGAUUCUCUGUAGAAAUCUGUCCUUUCAGCUGGAGUCUGGCGUAAACACACUGGUAAAAGGAGACAGUGGAUGUGGCAAGAGUUCUUUAUUGAGAGUUAUAGCAGGGCUAUGGCCCACCGUAACAGGAUCUGUUAUCAAACAUAUUCCAAUGGAACACAAAAAGAUUCUGUUUCUGCCCCAGAAGCCCUACUUCACUGAUGGAUCACUGAGAGAACAGGUGAUGUAUCCUAUGCAGGAUAUCCUCUCAGGGUCAGUGUCUGCAGAGAACCAGAAGAUCACCCAGUAUUUAGAGUAUGUCGGAUUAACAGACAUCAUGGACAGGGUCGAGGACCUGGACAAGAGUUUGGACUGGAACUGGUACGAUGAAUUGUCGCCGGGAGAGAUGCAGAGACUGUCUUUUGUUCGUUUGUUUUAUCACCAGCCAAAAUUUGCAGUGCUGGAUGAGGCGACCAGCCAGAUCGGUCUGACAGCAGAGAAGAAAAUGUACGAGAUGUGUGGUCAGUUAGGUAUCACAGUGCUCAGUGUCGGCCACCGCCAGAGUCUCAACAAAUACCAUAUCAUGGAGAUCAUUCUGGAUGGUCAAGGGGGUUGGAAGAUACAGCCAAUCACAGACAAUCUCAUAUCAGCAAGCACCUGCUGAUAGAGUCUGAUAUUACAUUUACCAUAAAAUCCUGUGUAAUUUAUGCAGUUUUUUGGCCAAAAUUGCUGUUGUAGUUGGGAGUGCUUUGAUUGCAAAGGUACGAAGAUCACCCAGAUCUCUGUAUUGGCAUCGAAUGCCAUGACAGUUUACACAAGUCCAACAUGAAUCCCUGUUAUUAUGAUAUUUUUUCUGUCCAGAAUUAUUUUUAUAAGUUGUAGCCCUAUGCAUGUUACUAUAUUUGGCACCUGGAUAAUUCAUCAGCAUCCCUUAUAAAUGCCAGAGACAGACCCCAGCCAGAGAUCACCACCCAAAACUUCUCAAUCAAAAAAACAAUAGAGGUCGAAUCACCUUACCUGUGUUGGUCAAUGUGCUUGUCAUGGCUGGCUGUCUGCUAAUAGAUAGUAAAUAAAAGUGUUUUGUUUUUUAUAGGACCGUCAAAUGUCUACAGACAUUUAUAACAGGCAUACUAUAGCUCUUCGUCUGUUAAUUAGUUAAAGGUUUUUUGAAUGGUCUACAGUUUAGUCAGAUCAUGUGUUGUUGUGUGUUAUAAAGUGUAUGUGUGAUGGUUGUGUGUUAUAAAGUGUAUGUGUGAUGGUUAUAUGUUAUAAAGUGUAAGUGUGAUGGUUGUGUGUUAUAAAGUGUAUGUGUGAUGGUUGUGUGUUAU